CAUGCCUCCGAAAUCAUCGUCUGGGAACGAAAAGGACAUCGCAGAGGAAGAUGAGGUCCUCCAAGCCGUCAUCCUCGCAGACAGCUUCAACAAGCGCUUCAAGCCCUUAACAGUAGGCAAGCCCAGAUGCUUGUUGCCUAUAUGCAACGCGACCUUGCUGGACUGGACAUUCGAGAGUCUCGCCCUGGCGGGUGUGCAAGAGAUUUUCGUCAUCUGCAGAUCGUACGCCGACCAAGUGAAGGCCGCUAUCCGCGACUCAAAAUGGUCAAAACCGAGCACGGGGCUGAAGAUCGUACCGAUCGUGACCGCGAAGGAGACGUUCUCGCCGGGAGACGCGAUGCGCGACAUCUACACGCACCAAAUCAUCACGUCGGACUUCGUGCUCGUCACGGGCGACCUCGUCAGCAACGUGCGGAUCGACGAGGUCGUGCGCGUGCACAAGGAGCGCAGGCGGACGAACAAGGACGCGAUCAUGACCAUGGUCGUGAAGGAGAGCGGGGCCACACACCGGACGAGGUCGCGGGGCGAAUCCGGGGUGUACGUCCUGGACCCGAACACGCAUGAAUGCUUGCACUACGAGCCCGUCGUCGGCUACCCUGCCACAUCGCGCGUCACUAUCCCGCGGGAGAUUCUCGCGGAGCACCCGGAGGUGGAGGUUCGGUACGACUUCAUCGACUGCUCGAUUGACGUCUGCUCGGUCGAGGUGCCCUCGUUAUUCCAGGACAAUUUCGAUUACGGGGACAUCCGGAGAGACUUCGUCUAUGGGGUUCUCACGUCCGAUCUCCUCAUGAAGAGUGUCCAUUGCUAUGUCGUGAAGGAUGGCUACGCCGCCCGUGUUGCCGAUACUCGCAGUUACGACGCUGUCAGCAAAGACAUCCUAUCACGAUGGACGUUCCCGCUCGUUCCCGAUGACAACCACCCCGGCGGCCACCAGUACGAGCAUCUGCGGGGUAAUAAGUACAUCGCAAAAGACAAUUCCGUCUCUCUCUCACGAACCUGCAAGAUUGGCAACAACACGCUCAUCGGCUCACACACGACCAUCUCCGCAAACGCUUCCGUCCAUGCCUCUGUCAUCGGCCAGCGGUGCACGAUCGGCCCUGGCGCGAUCCUGCGUGACGCGUAUAUCUUCGAUGACACGCACGUCGGCGCGGGCGCCGUCGUGGAAGGCAGCAUUGUCGGUGCCCGCGUCACGCUGGGAGACGGCUGCCGCGUGCCGCGAGGAUGUCUCAUUGCGGACGGCGUCGCGAUCGGGGCAAACGCCAAGCUGAGGAAGUUUGAGCGCGUCUCUAAGAAGCGAGAGGCGCGUCCGCAGGCUGCGGGUGACGGGUCCGACGGUGAUGACGAAGAGGACUCCGACUCCGAGCUGGAGGAGGUGAAGGCCAACCAAGAGGAUGCUGCUCAGAUAAUAGGCAGGGACUCAAACGCGCUCGUCUGGCCACACCCCUCGCCAGAUGAUGACGAAGAGCUCGAUGAGCGGGAAUCUUUCUACAACCAAAGACUCAUGCGAAUAGGUGACACGGCGUCCGACCUCGAGCUCUCCGACGGCGGAUCGACGACCUCAGCCUCCGAAACGGAGACGGAGUCCGACUUCUCUGGCAUGCACGGCCUCUCGCGCACCUCCUCCGCCACCUCCGCCUCCGGGCCCCUCUCCUCCGCGGUCGACCCCUCCGCGGAGACGUCCGCGAUCCACACCCUCUCCUCCGCAGCGGCCGAGACCGAGUUCCGCUCCGAGGUCGCGCAGUCGCUCGAGCGCGCGUUCGCCGAGGGCCACUCGGUCGACAACGCCGCCGUCGAGCUCAAGACGCUCCGCAUGGCGUCCAACGUGCCCCUCCGCCGCGUGCGCGAGGCCGUCGUCGGCGCGAUCGUCGACCGCGUCCCGCUCGUGCCCGGGGACGCCGCCGCGCAGCGCGCGGAGAUCGCGAAGAUCGUCCGCCGCUGGGGCCCGCUCGUCGACAAGAUCGGGGGCGUCGACCCCGUCGAGACCGUCGAGGUGCUCCAGUACCACUGCGCGGCGGCGGGCCCGCGGCUGCCGCUGUUCGCGCAGGUGCUCGCGCAGCUGUACCAGCAGGACUUGGUCGAGGAGGACGACAUCCGCGCGUGGCACGCGUCGCCGGCGGCAAGGGGCGAGGGCGUCAAGCCGGGCUCGGCGCUGCUGGAGGGCCUGAAGAAGUGCUGGGCUAUCGGCGCGAAGAUGAUCGAACAGUUCGAGUCGGAGGAGGAGGAAGAGAGCGAGGAAGAGAGCGAAGAGGAGAGCGCGGACGAGAAGCCCGCGCGCGAGGCCCCUGCGACCAAGCCUCCAGCUAAGGAGGACGAGAGCGAGAGCGAAGAGGAAAGCGACGAAGAAUCAGGCUCCGAGGAGAGCGAGGACGCGCCCGCCACCGCGAAGCCUACAGCCCCCAAAGCCGCUGCCGUUUCAUCAUCGUCAUCUCAGACUUCGAAGCCAGCGCAGACAGAGUCAGAAGACUCGGAGACUGAUGAAGGGUCGGACGAAUUCGUGUCAGGGGAGGAGGAAGUGUCGGCCGAAGCCCCUGCCAAGCCAACCACGCCGGCUGCGACCGUAUCGUCAGCGCCGAGUGCCGCUCCAGCGAAAGCCGCCGCAGAGUCGUCGGACGAGAGCGAGGAGGACGAGUGACUGGGUGAGGCACGGACGACGCGGACACAUGCGAAGCCAAAAGCUAACAAUGUACGAGUAAUCAGUUUCAUUCGUAGAAUGCUUCGAGCACUGCGCUGCCUGUAGCCACUAGCACUUCCUUGAUAGCAUAUUCCAAGAGCAGAACUGAACAUGCCACUUCACGAGUCGAUGUCCGUAGCUUGAGGCACUCGCUUGACCAAGUUGAGAUGAUGUUCGAUAUAGAAGUAGAAUUAGGCCCGUCGAAGGGUAUCAGUACAAUGCGUGAAUACAAUAUCCAGCUGUCCAUGGGCCCAGUUCGUUCAAUUCAUCAAGAGCUCAUCAAACGUCGUGGUGCCUGCAGGGGAGCAUUGGAGCACCCCCUGACUAAUACUUGAGGAUGAUAUAGAGGGCAUGGAUGAUACCAGGGAUGUAACCCAGAAUGGUCAGUAGGAUGUUGAUCAAGAAGUCGACAUUACAUCCGCGUUCAAGGAAGA